GGCAAUAUCAUCGCCGCGAAAAAGAAAGCUGUUCUCCCAUCAACACCCAAUAUUUCCCUCCCUCUCCCGCAUUACCUCACCUUGGAGGAUACCCCCUGCCCUUGUCACCCCUCGCCUCCUGACGCGCCUCUCGUGAUCCAUCUCCUCUCCUCUAUCCCAAACUGAGAUUUCAACAUGUUCAAGCUUGCCCGCAGCAGACCGGUUACGGCAGCUUUGAGGGCUGCGACGGAGACCUCCGUUCAGUCCCGCCUGGCUCAGCAGCAGAGAAACCUGUCGAUUCACGAAUACCUGUCCGCGAAUCUCCUCAAAUCGUAUGGCGUGGGAAUGCCUAAGGGUGAGGUCGCUCGCUCGGCGGAGGAAGCUGAGGCCGUUGCUAAGUCCCUCGGCAACGACGACAUGGUCAUCAAGGCCCAGGUCCUUGCUGGCGGUCGUGGUAAGGGUUCCUUCGACAAUGGUCUCAAGGGUGGUGUGCGUGUGAUCUACUCCCCUACCGAGGCCAAGAUGUUUGCUGGUCAGAUGAUCGGACAAAAGCUCAUCACCAAGCAAACUGGUGCUGGUGGCCGUCUUUGCAAUUCCGUGUAUAUUUGCGAGCGCAAGUUUGCUCGUCGCGAGUUCUACCUGGCUGUUCUCAUGGACCGCCAGACUCAGGGUCCCGUCAUCGUUGCCUCGUCUCAAGGUGGUAUGGACAUUGAGGCCGUUGCUAAAGAGAGCCCUGACGCUAUCAUCACCACUCCCAUCGAUAUCAAUGUUGGAGUCACCGAUGCGAUUGCCACGAAGAUCGCUACCGAGCUCGGCUUCUCCGAGCAGUGCAUCGAGGAGGCCAGGGACACCAUCCAGAAGCUCUACAAGGUCUUCAUGGAGAGGGAUGCGACUCAGAUCGAGAUCAACCCUCUGUCAGAGACUUCCGACCACAAGGUCAUGGCCAUGGAUGCCAAAUUGGCCUUCGACGACAAUGCCGACUUCAGACAGAAGGAGGUGUUCUCCUGGAGAGACACCACCCAGGAAGAUGCUGAUGAGGUCAAGGCUGCUACGCACGGAUUGAACUUCAUUAAGCUUGAUGGUGACAUUGGAUGCUUGGUCAACGGUGCCGGUCUUGCCAUGGCUACCAUGGACAUCAUUAAGCUUAACGGUGGUGCUCCCGCCAACUUCCUUGAUGUCGGUGGUGGUGCCACCCCCGCCGCUAUCAAGUCCGCCUUCGAGCUUAUCACCAGUGACCCCAAGGUCACGGCCAUCUUCGUCAACAUCUUCGGUGGCAUUGUCCGCUGCGAUGCCAUCGCCCAAGGGUUGAUCAACGUUGUGCAGGAGAUGGGCCUGCGCACCCCUAUCGUGGCGCGUCUGCAGGGUACCAACAUGGAACAGGCUCACAAGUUGAUCAACGAGUCUGGCCUCAAGAUCUUCUCUAUUGAGGAUCUCCAGAGUGCUGCUGAGAAGUCCGUUCAGUUCUCCAAGGUCGUCAAGAUGGCGCGUGAGAUUGAUGUUGGUGUUGAAUUCACUCUCGGUAUCUAAAUUCUGAGUUGGAUCUCUAUAGCAUGAUCGGUCACGGUGGUGCUUGAACGAAUUGUUAUAAUGGUAGAAUGAGAUGGAUCUGGUCGAGAGUAAGAAAGGGAUUCGUAUAGAGAGCAUUGAUGGUCCUGUAU